CGGAUGAAGGGCCAAUCCGAACACCGAAACUCGAACAUUGAUUCAAAGGUUUACGGUACAAGAUCACAGUACUGAGCUCUACAGUGGUCAAUGGGCAGUGCUUGUAAGAGAACUCUCAAGAGCACGCGGGUUCUGUGGCGGAGAGACGGUACCGUGCGACACCGAUCCUGAGCCAAAUGCGAAGUUUGGUUCUACGUCAUACGAAGCAAAAAGCGACUGUGCGUGGCCUGUCGUAGCAAAUGUACCGAGAGACAAAAAAGAGUCCUGACCCAUUGGGAAACCCUCUUCGUGAGAUCACAAAAUCAAAACUUGCCAAGUUGCCAAGCCUAUCUCACAAUUACACUUAUUUGAAGCUAAAACAACUCACACCAUGCAGCCACAACCCAUGCAAUUCAAUUCUCUCCAAGCAUCCAUGAUGUUGAAUUCCCUUGUCGCUGCUGGAUCCUUCCCUCCGCUUCAAACUCUUCCCAGAGCUGCAGCACCGGCACCAUCCUUUACCAGUGCCUUUGGUUCUGCCAUGACGACCGCUCCAAGAGUUGUCCUGGCUCCACAACAACAGCAGCAGCCCAGACGGACAUCAUUACCCACCAACUCCGCCAAAGAUGCCCUGAAACGAUCCAAGUCUUCCCACAAGAACCUCCGGUUUCUCGUUCUCAUUAAGAUCCUCCUUCAAGACUUGGAACAAUCGGGGGAUUACGCUAUGCGCUACCGGGUCAAGCAGGUUGUUCAAGAGUGCAACCGAAGACGCAAGAGCGGCGACCUAGCAUCAACCUCGCUGGAGCGAUUGGUGGAAAGUGCACUCAAAACAACUGUGGGGGAUGUUCGAUGGGGAAAAGCCAAACUCCGACUGGAUGCCAUGAUGUGCCAACGAAGACAACGCCAUUUGCGUUGAGCACUUCUGGGGUCGCUAACGCAACCAUCUAUUGAUCAGCAGUCUACAUCUCUUAAUCCUCCCUAUCAACCAUGUGAUCUUCGUCUCCUCUUACGACUACACAAGCAAAAUCAAUAGUACCGUAUUGUAACAUAUAGUAUACAUCAUUCCCGAUACC